UUAUUUUAUAAAUGCGUAUCGAAGCAAAAUAGGACAUCUGAAUAUUGGAGAUGGUCCAUGGCUUUCUCAAUGACCUACAUUUAUUUGGUUCUACAUUUGUGCAAUGAAAUAAUGUUUUACAUAACCGAAUCCAUUUCAGCUGGUUUGUUUCGUAAUCAAAAUAAUGGUAGAGCUGAAGGUAGAAAAUCCGAUCUUCCUCUGUUUAGCUCGUCUAUCGCCGUAUUCAGCUUGCCUGUUACUCAGCUGAAACCUGCGUCCUUGUCGUUGUUUCAACAUUUGGCUGGAACGCCCACCUCAGUUGUUUGAGUGAGACGGAUUAUGUGUUCAAAUAAACGAGCUCUUUUAAGCCAAGCCUAUUUAAACGAUGCGUUUUCGCUAUCCAACAUUGACUUUGACGAAGAUAUGAUACGACUUUACUUAAUGUUUAGAACCUCGUAUUUUUCUUUCAUUCCUAAGUGUUCCGCUUUGCUCUUGUUAGCGUUGGUGUUUGUGGAGAAUCCGUGCACAAAACCGUUCUGCAUUCCAUUUUGGGGUUCUGUUGUUCUUGAAAUGCUUUGCCUCAUCCUACUGACAUUACGGUUGCUUCAUGAACUAUUCAUAACCAAAAGAGCCUCGUUUUGGAGUGACUGGAAGCAUAUUUGUCAAGGGUUGUUAAUCAUAUUGACAUUGAUUGACAUUGCCCAAUAUACCAUCCUUUUGGACGAAACUCGGAAAGGAUUGACUCUUCGCUGGUCGCGGCCAUGGCGACCUUUUUUCUUUCUGAAUCUACCAGAAAAUCGACUACUACGCCAAGGGUGUCGGAAUAUCAGGAAGAUCAUUCCCAAUCUAGUGCAUGUCCUCGUCCUAUUUGUUUCAAGCUUGGCAUUGUUCGCUCUUUUGGCUUUCAAGCUUUUUGGGACCAAGUCUUUGACCCUAAAUCACGACAACUCAAAAGCCUACUUCUCCACAUUCUUUGAAAGCAUGUGGGAGUUGCUUGUUCUCGUCACAACAGCAAACCAUCCGGAUAUCGUUUUGCCUGCUUAUAGCCAUAGUCUUGAUAGUAUCCCUUUCUUCGUCUCUGCUUCCUCAAAAGUCUUGUUGGUGGAACUCUGGCAUCGGUUUCACAUUCCAGACCAAGAGAGUUUUGAGGAACAGGGUCUGCAGUCACGAUACCUGCAUUCCCUGGGUUCACUUCAUUCGCGUCCAACACAUUUUCCUGGCAGGGUCGGCUUCGUUCAGGAGAUUGGAUCACCUCACCCGGUAGGCUUCCCGAGUGCGGGUCCGUCAACAUCUGACCUCCACUUCCAGCAUGUCCAGUUCCGUGUGGGGAUUUGAAAUCGGCUUCCUCUGUGCCUUGACAGUUUGGUUCGAGAAGCGCAACUUGACGGGCAGUUCUCUGCACAGCUUGUCCAUUUGGCCUUCUUACUGUCACGGCGGAGACGAUCCCGUCCGCGCUUUUGCGGAUAUCCUCGAUCCUUCCGAGGUUCCAGGUAUUCUUUUGUAACGUUUCCUGUUUUAGAAUGAUCACGUCGCCCUUUUUCAGGUUUGAUUGGACAUUGGACUUCCACUUUUGACCAAUGCUAAGCUCUUGUAGGUAUUGGCGUAACCACAAUUUCCAAAAUUGGUUCAUGAGGCGUUUUCUUGUUAGCCAUAUAUCAGCAUAAUUCAAGUGGAUCAAUCGUGUUUCCGUUGGUGUGACAAACUCGCACAUCUGCCUUCCAUACACGAGAAGAUUCGGACUGAUCGUAUUCCACUCUGAUGGCUCCACGCUUAUCACUCCCAAGGGUCUAUCAUUGACUACGCACUUUAGUUCAAUCAAUAGUGUUUGCAAAGCUCGCAAAGUUUGAAGAACAAUGCGAAGUUGCUUCUUGAAGAGCCCAACCAAUCUUUCCGUUAUGCCAUUAGUCCAAGGAGCGUCUGGAGUACUGUAUAGCCAUUCGAUUGCGGCUUCUCCUUGGAACGUUUCUGAUCGUAUUUUCCUGAAGUCAAUGUUUGUGGCUAACUCUUAAAGAUUUGAGUCUGCACCCUUAAAAUACUUGGCAUUAUCGGAGUAAAAUGUGGCUGGUCUUCCACAAUGGCCAAUAAAACGGCGCAAGGCAUUGAUGAGCUCAUACGUGGAGCAAGUCUCAACAAUUUCAACAUGGAUCGAUCUUGUGUGCAGGCAAGUAAACAAGACUAUCCAGACUUUAUAAGUUUUGGGGUGCAAACACCGUUUUUCGAUUUCUUUUCCUUUUGCCUUUUGAUGCUCUGCAUUGAGUUGCCUUCCAUUGACGUCGCUUUUGACCAAGGCGUUUAAUUCUGGGUAACAUUCAUGCUUACAAGUCAAUGGUCCCAUGUAAUCAAGACUGACGUGGACCCAAGGCUGGGGAUUGUCCAUUCUCAUUGAUGGCAAUGGAGACAUUUUUGGGGAUUCGAAUUUGAUAUAUCUGCAUCGAGGUUUUUUUACAUUGUCGGACGACUUGUUUAACGUAUUUGAAACCUCCCAAGACCCAGAAUUUUUGUCUCAUGAGAUUGAAGGUGUGUCUCUGGCUGGCGUGUAAUCUCGAUUGAUGGAUGUGCAAAAUUCGCUUCUCUGCGGCUAAUCCUUUUGGUAGAAUUACUGGAUUUUUGAAGUCAUGGGUCAAUAAUGAAGCCAAAUGGAGCCUCGUCUGUAAACGAAGGACUUCGCUUGUGUGAUCCCAAUACACUGGUAAGUCUUUGACUGAAGACCUUUUUGGCAAGGAUUUCCGAGAAUAUCUUGGGUUCUUCUUGAUGACCUCAAUUUCUUCGCCCAAAGAUACUUGUUGGGCGUGUCUUGCUAACAAAAUCUCGGCCCACUCCCACUCUUUGUGUGUGACAUACGGUACUUCAUAUUUACAAGAGUGGAAAUGAUCUCAGUUGUUUGAUUUCCUUUGGAACAACCUUUUUAUUCUGACCAAAACAUUCACCACUUUUCUCCAUGUUCCACAAUUGAUCAAGAGCGUCCCAAUAAAGCUUAAGUCAUUUCCAUUGAGUUGCUUCUUCUUAAGUCUAUUUUCCUUCUUUUCCUCGUUUUCAGCAUCUUUUAGUGCCUGAACUUGAGAACAGUAGAUUUGGACGUCUGAUUGAGCAUGCUUUGUUUUGAUUGUAUUCGUGGUGCUAAUCUUUGAGGAAAUCACUGGCUGGACGGGCCAAUCUUCCCGCCGCUUUGUGAGAAAAUCUGGACCUCUACCCCAAAAUCCAGCCUUUGAUUGCAGUUCCUCCAGUGUGCAACCUCGACUCGGUAGAUCGGCUGGAUUCAGUUUUCCAGGGAAGAAAUGAAUGCUUGAGGACGAAGUACCUUCUAGGAUCUUUUCGAUUCGUCUUUCUUCCCAUACCUUACAUUGGCCUUUUCCCCGCUGCACCCUCUGAAGAUUGAGGAGCGAGUCUGUAAAAUAUUCAAAUCGUUGUGGCCCCACACAAUCUUGGUACGCGUUUUUCAGGUAACGACCCAUAU